AUGGUUCAUGGUUAUGGUAAAUGUAAAAUAUCGUUAUUGUUAUCAGGUGACUACAAUGAUAUGGGUUAUAAUUUUAUGAUGAACGAUGCUCGUAUCAGAACCGAAAGAAUAUUGGGGAUCGACACUAUUUUUUACAAAAAUUUAGAAGAGUCUACAGCCUUAGCAGAAUGGGCCAUCGAAGAUUCAAUUAAAAGAGGGGCUAAUUUAAUUAUUGUUUCAUCUGCAAUUCACACAAAUUUGGGUUUAAAUUAUGCAAUCAAAUAUAAAGAUUUAGAUGUAUUUUGGUUUAUUAGAGGAAGAGUUAAGCCUGCCGGCGAGCCAUUAGAAAAAGUAAAACUUUUUAAUUUCAGUUCAAAUGUAUUACACUAUGCUUUGGGUUACUUUUCCGGUUUAAUGAGUAAAACUGGUGUUGUUGGUUUUGUUGCACCAGGACCACCAGGAUCAGGUGUUGCUAAUACCAAUUCAUUUUUUUUGGGUGCAAGAGCUGCUAAUGAAAGUAUUCAAUUUGUUAGUGCAUUUACUGGUAGUUGGUUAAAUCCUGAAUUAGCUUAUAAAACAUCAGAGUUUUUACAAGCCAAUGGUGCAGAUUAUCUUGGUAAUAGUCAAGAUGAUUUCAGUGUCCAAAAUGCAAUUAUUGCUCAUGGAAGUAUGGGUCUUGGUGCUACUGGUUUUCCAAAUAGUAAAAUAUAUGGUGCUACUGUUGGUGUAAGUUAUGUAACCAAUUGGACCGAGAUCUUUGUAAAAUAUGCACAAGAAGUUAAUACUGAUACAUGGGUACCAGAAACAUAUAACACAAGUUUUGCUGAUGGUGGUUCAUUAUCAAUGGAUAUCUUUAGUUAUCAUGUUCCAAUCGAUAUCCAAAACAAAGUAAAUAAUAUGAUCGAAAAAUUAAAGAAUGAUUCAUUUACUCCAUUCAAAUGUGACCCAUUGUUUAAGACCUAUAAUACAACUCUUAUGCCAGGAACCGAUUGUUUAGAUGAUACUUAUCUUAGAACAACAAAUACAUUAAUCCCAUAUAAGAAUUUCAAAGAUUUUGGUUUCUAUUCAAUACCAAUAGAGUUUGUCGAUUAUCCACCUGCAUUAAAAGUCGGUGUUACUGUUGUAUCAGGUAUUUCAAUAUUUUUAUGUUUUGUUGCAAUGAUUUUAGUAAUAAUAUUUAGACACGCUAAAAUUAUUAGAUCUGCAAGUCCAAUUUUCUGUAUAUUAAUUUUAUUAGGUUGUGUAGUUAUUUUCUGCGCUUGUAUUAUAUUUUCACAAACACCAACCAAAGAAACAUGUCGUACCAGAAUCUGGUUAUUAUCAGUUGGCUUUACUAUUUUCUUGGGUAAUUUAUUAGUAAAGAACUGGAGAAUUUGGUUAUUAUUCGAUAAUCCAAAAUUAAAGAAAAGAACCAUUACCAAUUGGAAAUUAUACCCAUGGGUUACCGCUAUCUUGGCUAUCGAUAUAUUACUUUUGGGCUUAUGGACUGGUUUAGGUAAUAUUAGAUCGGAAUCACGUACCGGAGUUGAUGAUUUAUCAAAUUACGAAUAUCAUGAUGUAUGUACUAACGAUAAUGCUGGUGAUGUUAUGCUCUAUAUCUUGCUAGUAUUCCACGGUUUGAAAUUAUUAAUGGCCUGUUUCAUUUCUUUCAAGAUUAAGACCGUUGAUAUCGAAGAAUUUAACGAAUCAAAACCAAUUUCAACAAGUAUUUACUUAAUUACCUUCUGUUUAUUCAUCGUUAUUCCAUUAAUGAUUUCUCCACAAUCUGAUGCUUCAAAGACUUCAAUUAUCUGUAUUUGUUCCAUUUUUGUAACAUUAUUAAGUAUUAUCAUUUUGUUCGGUUCCAAAUUCUAUAAAAUGGCAACUAAAGGUUUAGCAUUAAAUGAAACAUUCGCAACCAGUACCAAGAGCUCUAGUUUUUCUUUAUCAUUAGAAAAAGAAGAAAAAGCCGACACCAAGAGAGAGGAUGAAUUAAAAAGAUCACAUUCAAGCAGUAACCAUGCAAGUAGAUUAGCCCACUUCACAUCAGAUGACAGUGAUGAUGAAGAAACUAAACCAAAAUAUGAAGUUGAGCAAACAGAACCAGAGCAAAAUUUAAAUAAUGAAAAUCCAGCCGAAAGUAGCCCAACCGAAAAUAAUUCAGAACCUAUUGCUGAAAAAGACGUAUAA